AUGCUGGUCAACACGAGUCUUAAAGUCACUCUGGGUGAGCUCCAUGGCAGCCAAGCCUUUGUCACUCUCAUAAAGAUCUUGGCUGUUAGCAAUGUCUCCUACCUCAUUCUAUGGCUCGUUCAUGCUCUUUUCUUAUCCAACCUGCGCAAGAUUCCAGGGCCUUUUCUCGCCAAACUGACUGGUCUGUGGGAGGUCAAGAAGGUGGUCACAGGAAACAUACAUGGAAUCAUGAUUGACCUGCACAAGAUUCACGGUCCUAUCGUGCAGAUUGCGCCCAACCGAUACGACUUCAACACGCCUGAAGCUGUCAAGACCAUCUACCGGAUUGGCAACGCCUUUACGAAGUCUCGCUAUUACGACCCAUUCGGUACCCCUGAUUUCCAUAACCUGAUGAACGCGCUGGACAAUAAGGACCAUGCAACCUUGCGAAAGCAGAUCGCGUCCCUAUAUACCAUGUCGGCCUUGUUGUCUUACGAGCACUCGGUCGAUACUCAGACAAUCAUUCUAAAGGAAAAAUUGCUAGCCUUUGCCAGCCGUGGAGAAAUCGUUGAUCUCCCCCAGUUCCUCCAAUUUUACGCUUUUGACGUUAUUGGAACCAUCACGAUUGGCAAGUCGAUGGGUAUGAUGGAAUCCAGCACCGAUAUGUACGACACCUGUCGGGCUCUAGAUGGAAUGUGGCAUUAUAUCGCAGUAUUGGGACUCAUUCCUGGCAUACACUUACGGUAUAUACAACUCGCCAAGGUUCUUGGCUUUACACCUCCGACAAAGGCUCUGGAUUUGUUCAUAGACACCCAGAUACAGCAGUACACGGAAGCCAUGGAACGUAAGGGCGGUGUUAGAGAUGAUGAAGACACCUUUCUAGCCAGAAUGCUGAAGUUACAGGAACAAGGAAAAGCUACCAAGAAAGACACUCGACACUGCGUGACGAUAAACAUCGGCGCAGGUUCUGAUACUACAGCUAUCGGCCUCAGCUCUAUUGUUUACUAUAUUUACAACAACCCACGCACCCUUAAUCGUCUCCGCAAGGAACUUGAUGAGUUUGCGGAGGCAGGGGAGUUAUCAGAUCCUGUGGGUUUCCAGCAGGCACAGAAGAUGCCAUACUUGCAGGCUGUCAUCAAAGAAGCCAUGCGGCUUCAUCCUGGUGUGGGUACGCAACUCACGCGCGUCGUACCCAAGGGAGGUGUCGUCAUUGAAGGCCAAUUCUUUCCAGAAGGGGCGGAGGUGGGCGUCAAUGAAUGGGCUCUAUACUACAACCAAGACGUCUUCGGAGAGGAUGCAGCCAAGUUUCGGCCAGAGCGAUGGCUACAACCCGGUAAAGAUGUUAGAAUCGCAGCAUCUUUUGGGUUCGGCGCCGGUCCCCGAUCAUGCCUUGGAAAGAACGUUAGCAUCCUAGAGAUGUCCAAAGCCAUUCCUCAGAUUGUGAAAAACUUCGAUAUUGAGCUUCAACAAGAUGAAUCGUGGAAACAUGAGUGCUGGUUUUUUGUCAAGCCAGAGUUCGAGGCACAGAUUAAGUUGAGGCGGUCAUGGCUCAAGACGCCAAGAUCAUCUUCUACACCAACCGCCAAUGCCCUUGUACAUGCUCUUCUGUCCCGUUCUGCGAAGACGAAGCUGACCAACCUUCUCCAAGAUGCUCACCGCGUUCAUAUCACUUUGGCUGAGCUGGGAAUCCCUUUCGAGGAGGAGCAAAUCGACCUCGAGGUUCCAAGAACAGAGGCUUACUUGAAAAUCAACCCACGCGGCAAGGUCCCAGCGCUAAGCUACAAUGGCAACAUCAUUACCGAGUCUGCCAUCAUCGCCAAGUUCCUCGCGGAUGCGUACCCCUCACACCUUGUGCCACCAUCUAACUCUGUAGACGGUGCUCUUCGCCGCGCUCGCAUCGAAUUCUUUGCCGAUACCUAUGCCAACAAUGUGCUAGGACUGCUUUACAAAGGCACCUCGGCAAAAGCUGAUGCUGAAGCUGACAAGAUUGGUCAAACAUUGGUCGAGAACAUUGUCAAGGAGAUUGAGCCAGAGUUGAACGACGCUGCGCCGUAUUUUGGAGGGAGUGACAAGAUCACCCUGGCAGAGGUUUUGGUAGCCUCCUUUGUUAUCCGUCUGUUGUCGUUGGGCAGAAGUGGAAUUCUAUUCAAGGAAGCACUCAGCGAGCUGGAGGCCAAGGCUCCGAACUUUGCGAAGUGGGCAGCUGUUUUGCAAAAGACCCCCAACAUUAUCGACAUCUUUGAUGAAAACAUCUGGACAACGAAGAUUUCUGAGAGAAUUUCUGCUGCCCGGGCUUGA